AUAAAACUAUACAUAUAACAACUAAUUUGAUAAGUGAUUUGUUGUGUGUAUAGAAAUUUAUGCUGAAUAUUCUUUUUUUCAUGUAUAAAUAAUUAAUAAGGCCAAAAAAGUGAAGAGACUAUUUUAACCCCGCAGUAUAUGAAAGCAAAAUGCACGAAACCUCAAACCCUAGUGUCUUUUCCUACCCUAAUUUCAAAAUUUGAAGAAGAGAGGGAGAGGAGUGACUAGUGAGAGAUGCAGCCAGAGAAUCUAUUGCAUCAGAUUCAUCUCCCAACACAGAAGUGCACCGUGGGAUGUCCCUUACUCGAUCGAUGCCUCGGAGGAGGGAUCCCUUGCAACUCCAUCACCGAGCUCGUCGCCGAAAACGGCACCGGCAAGACCCAAUUUUGUCUCCAACUCGUUCUCUAUGCUCAGUUGCCGCCUUCCCGCGGCGGCCUCUCAGCCUCCUCCCUAUACACGACCCCUGCGACCGUGUAUUCGUCCAAGGAGUCUAUACCGCCGACGAGUUGGUCGACGCGCUGCCAAAGAUUGAGCUGUUCUUAAUCCAUUCGAAGUCGCGGUUUCCAUUGAGAGUCAUUGUGAUCGAUUCUAUCGCUGCUCUGUUCCGUUCCGAUUUCGACAACACCGGGUUGGACCUCCGGCGAAGAUCGUCUCUGUUCUUCAAGAUUGCCGGCGGGUUGAAGUCGCUAGCGAAGAGGUUCGGGUUGGCGGUGGUGGUGACGAACCAGGUGGUUGAUUUGAUCGAGGGCGGGAAUGGGAAUGGUGUUAGGGUUGGGAAUUUGGGUGUGCUGUACUCGUCGGGUAGGCGCGUGGCCCCCGCGCUGGGUCUGGCGUGGGCGAACUGCGUGAACUCAAGGCUGUUCUUGUCGCGGCACGAUGACGGUGCUGACGUGGAUGGAAGUUGCAGCAAGAGUCGGAGGAGGAUUAGUGUUGUGUUUGCUCCUCAUUUGCCUCAUUCCUCUUCUGAGUUUGUUAUAACAACGGAAGGUGUUUUCGGCCGCUAAACCAUGGCGGACGGCACGGACAACUUUUAAAGUAGCAGCAGCUUUGUAUAGUGUUUUAGUUGCUGUAAUCUCAAUCCAAAUGGGUAAUGAUUAGAAUUUAGAAAUACUAAUUUAUCUGUUUCAUUA